AUGUUUGCGUCAACAAGCAUACAGUGCUCUCGUGGCAUCCGUUCGCUCCGACCACAUGAAUUUCGUGCACCGUGGCCAUUUGUCAAAAAGGGUGCUUUCGGCCAACGCAAAAUUGGCCCAUUCGUAUACGAGAAACACAAAAUUCCAGGGCAAAGACGUGAGUUCCCAGAGCUGUCGCCAAAAUAUCAGCAUCUUAAUCCUCCAGAACUUGCCGAUUAUACGGGUGUACAGCCAAAUGGUUAUGUGGAUGCAACAACAGGAAAGUAUAUUGUUGUGAAAGAAGCAUGCGCUGAAUUGGUUGUUCCAGAUCUUACAGGAUUCAACUUAGGGCCUUACGUAUCGUUCAAAACGGAUGUUGAGAUUGAGAAAAGACGUAAGGCAUAUGAACAAAUCGUGAAACAGAAAGGCUCUGAGGAACUCGCUGAUCUGUAUGUUCUUGAAGAUGAACGUUGGCCACCUCCUAAAAUCACCGCGAAAACUCUUUUCGAUCUCUACUACGCUCCACAGAUAAGGCAGCAUUUCAAAGAUCGUCACUAUGAAGAUCAAACAGAACAAAUUGGUGAGGCUGUUGAUAGUACGCGUUCGUCAAAGCAUGAUAAAAAAUCUUCCUAA